AUGGUACACACUCUGCUACGUUUCUCUAUGCUUGAAAUACGUCUCCGAGUAUUGAUUUUCUUCUCUUUCGUUCCGUUUCCAGAUUAUCUCAGAGACCAAUCGCAGAGAGAUCUGCAAGUACCUUUUCAAAGGGUUCCUCGAAUCGCAGCUUGUGAUUUAGAUAUGAAUCUAGUUAAAAUUUAUCUCAGUCAUCCUAGGAUAUUGUGUUAUGGAAAUGCUGAAUCUGUUAUCUCUAAGGGUUUAAAUCAGGAAGAUUUGAGGUCUCAGAUUGAUAUUAAUGGUUUUGUUUUGUUGGGUUUUGCAGAAGGAGUAUGCUACGCAAAGAAGGAUUUCAAUCUUGCAAAGCAUCCAUUGAUUGAAUCAGUACCCAACCUGCAAGUGAUCAAGCUCAUGCAGAGUUUCAAAUCCAAGGAGUAUGUUAGGGAGACAUUUGCAUGGAUGCAUUAUUAUUGGUUUCUGACUAACGAAGGGAUUGAGUUCUUGAGAACUUAUCUUAACCUUCCUUCUGAUGUUGUUCCUGCGACCUUGAAGAAGUCUGCUAAGCCCAUUGGCCGCCCCUUUGGUGGCCCACCUGGUGAUCGCUCAAGAGGACCACCUCGCUUUGAAGGAGACCGUCCCAGAUUUGGUGACCGUGAUGGGUACCGUGGAGGGCCUCGUGGUGGUGAUGUUGGAGGUGAAAAGGGUGGAGCUCCAGCUGAUUUCCAACCGUCCUUCCAAGGAAGUGGUGGUAGGCCUGGAUUUGGCCGUGGUGCAGGCGGUUACAGUGCAGCAGCACCAUCUGGUUCAGGUUUCCCUUGA